CCUUCCCGUCAUCGUCCCGCGAGAAAUGGCGACGGAGAAGAGCAGGGAGGAGCGGCGGCGGAAGAUCGUCGACCGGGGAUCCGAUCGCUUGGCCCUCAUCACCGGCCGGGCCCCAUCUCUUCCCCCCGAUCAAUUCCGCGGUGGCAUUGUGGGUGACGAUCAUGCUGGCAGUUCUAGAUCCUCCAAAGAAAAUGUUGAUGCUGAGGCUUCAGCUAAAGAGAUUUCUCAUGUUGGAGAAUCCGUUGCUGAGACCAACUUGCGCGAGUCCGAGAUCGGUGGGCAUCACAUACAAGCACCAUCGACGCAAAGAAUGUCUGCGGGUUCACAAUCUUCGUCCGGUUCCAAGCAGAGGCACCAGCCUCGUUUUUUCAGUUCGAAGAGGCUGAACUCAUGCGUUCUAGAAUCAGAGAACACGCGCGCUUGCUGUGCUCUUAUCAUUGCGGUCUCGGUAGUUCUAUCUUGCAGUGGCUAUCCAUUUGUAGCAAAGUCAGACAGUGUGAUAUCCUCGAGGCCUUUGUACAUACUGCUGGUGACAGAUGCGACAAUUGUGCUCGUCCGGAUGUACCUUGACAUGCAAAGAAAUGCCGAGGAGAGCGUGGAUGAAAGCGGGGAAUCUCAGGAGGAUAGUGAUAACUGGGGAGGAGCAGUUAAGGUUUUGGAGAGAGGGUUGGCGGUGUACCAGACUGUGCGUGGAGUUUUUAUAGAUUGCAGCGUUUACGUGGUGAUAGUUAUUUGCUGCCUCUCCGUAGUGUAGUCUUCUCAAGCAAUAUCAAGUUGAAACCAUGGUUGUAGGCUAGCAUUCUAGUGCUUCUUGUAGUAAGUGUUUCUUUUGCUCCAGGCAUUUGUGUAAUCUUUCACUGUCCCGUCUUGUGUAUGGGAUGAGCUUGACUAUCUUGAUGAGGUGAUAAUCAUGAGUUGCUUCGUGAUUACUUGGAUUUAUUUUGAAGGAAAAAGCUGGCACAACUUCUCUAA